AUGGUAGCCACGGGUCACGACCCUAAGGUGCGGAGCAACACGCCACCUCCCACCACUAUUGGUGAGAAGCGUUCUCGCUCGCAAGGCGACCCUGGCCACGAUGUUCAAAAACAUCCACGGCGUAAGGGCAAUCCUGCCGAAGGGGUAUCUCAUACUCCCACGAGUUCUCCGACUCCGGGUACCCUCGCCACUUCACCAUAUACUGGUAUUGGCCACGACGACGACGUCGCUGAAGGAUUUUUUCCACAUGGAACUGGUGGUUCCCUUGCUCAUCGAGCAGCGUCGAUGGCGGUCGGGGUACCGAAGAAGGAGCAUGAGAAGGUGCUCCGUGAGCUGAGUGGUCUCCGAGAGACAUUGGGUAAGACCCAGAAUGAACUCGGCGCGAUGCAAGCCCGUGUUCAGGCGUUGGAGUUGGCCUUAGCCCGUGUGGAUGGUCAGCUUGACCUCCUGGUUCGGAUGCAACAGUCGACGUCAAGGCCUUAUUUCCAGGCGCAAGCGCCUCCGAGUUCACAUGGGACGGGUCCCGAUACGGCUUAA